AUGGCUCGCAUGUGUCUGCCACGCGCGGCGGCGGUGCUUGUGCAGGUCGUCGCCGUCGCUUUGGCCUUGAGCACAAUGCUCGCUGCUCCUUCUGUUUCUGCAGCGACGACGAGCGGCUGCGGCGCUGCGACCUCCGCGACCGUCUUCCGCGCGGUGACUGUGAACACUGUCAGCAAUGAGUUCCAGAGCACGCCGUCCGUCUCCGGCAGCGAGCACGUGCGCGGAAGCUUGAGCCAGAUCACGCCGAGAACCCCGAUUGUGGACUUUGGAAACGCAUCGAGCGUGCGCUUCUCGCUUUUGCCAGCGAAUGGUAGCCGGUUUAUGGCCGAGCGCACGCUCAACAUGGAUUCGUUCCAGUUCAUCAUUGACGAAACGUACGUCGCCUACCGCAACAACUGCUUGCCCAACCCGUGCUUGAACGGCGGCCAGUGUGUCGAAGGCGUCAAUCAAUUCCGGUGCAUCUGCCCGGCCACUGCCACCGGCACGACCUGCCAGCUGGUGUACUCGGCCGUGGUCAACGCGACCACCUGUCCGACGGCGCAGCAGUUCUUUACCAACACCAAGACCAAAGCCAUCAUUGUGGGCAAUUUUUUCAACUACACCAUGACCCCUGGCGUCGCCCCAACCGCUGCCGUCGUGCUGACGUUUGCCAGCUCGAACACCUCCGUUGCCACCGUGCAGCCAAGCACCUACACCAUUCCCGUGGGAUCGAUCGUGCCAGUCAACAUUUCCGUCUACGGCGUCGUGCCGGGCAGCAUUAACAUUUCAGUCACCAUCUCGUCGCUCGAUCCGUUGUGGAAUAGCACGGCCGUGCCGAGAACCCAGCUGUCCGUCUUUGCCGUCAACACGACCAUCCCAAACAACCUGGUGAACGGCACCAACACCACUUCGCCGACCGUGUACGUGUGCUGUGAUCCACAGCUCAACCCUUGCCUCAAUGGCGGCUCUUGCGUUGCCCGCGCCGACCGUCGCACCUACCAGUGCACCUGCCCACCGAGCUUCACGGGUCUGCACUGCGGAACGCCCGUUUGGCUCGUCCCAACCUACUACCCAAAGUACCAAGGCGCGGACAAUGUUUCUGCGGACGUGUGUGUUUCCUUUGACGGCCUUGUCGGUCCGCCCCCCGAGUACAGGACAAACAACGUUGGCUUUUCACUGAACGGAAUUUACAUUCGCAUGGCCAUGUCGCUGAACUUUGUCAAGCGCGACACGUCCGAGCGCAAGGGUAUUUCGUUCACCGCCAUGCACAUCACGCUCACUCCCCGCAUCCCGCUGAUGCGCAACAUUACAAAGGCUGUUGUCACCACUGUGACGAAUACGACCACCAACGAAACAACGACCAUCACCACGAACGUGAAUGUCCCUCUGCCACCCACCUACUAUGAGCGCUGGAUUGGAACGUCGUACUUUGAUGGCAGCACCCCCAACCUGCGCGCCGACCAAAUGACCCCGUUCCUCUACUUUUUACCCGACUCCAUCACCUGGCAGUCGCAAGUGACGCGUGAUAGCCCAAAGCCGGUCGCCUUGGGCCAGGCUUUUCCCGACCGACUGACCCAGUCUCUCACGCCGACAGGUCCCGGUCAAGAGGCGUACGUUUCUUCCAUCUCACUGGAGCGCGGCCUCAUUCAGCUGCCACGCUGGCGCGGUAUUGACACGCCUCAGCUGUUCAACUAUGCGCAAGCUGUGGCGCAGUGCGCUGCGUUGCCCUCCGCGUCGGAGGCCUAUCCGUACCAUGUCUGCUCUCAAGCCGAGCUGGCUGCCACGUCCGCGCGUCUCAACUUUUCGUCCUGUGAUGCUGGUUGGCUCUCUGACACGACCACCGUGAUGGUGUCGAACGGCGCUGGUGGCUUUGAUGCCGUCGCGCGACGACUCGCCGGGUUUAUCAUGACGUACGUCGACCCAGCUUGCGGAAACGCCACCGGGUUCUUUGGCAUGGACGCCACGACCAAUCCUGCCGGCACUGGGUACUUUGAGGAGUCGACCACAUACCGCUCCGUGUUUUGCUGUGCCGUCUCUCCCGUGGUCGAUCUUGGCUACUACAUUUCGACCUCGUAUCGUCUGGUUGCGCCCCAAAACCACAUGUUUGGUCUCACGUUCUAUCCGCAGUACACGUCACUCUCGUUGGGGUUCACCACACGCUCGCGCAACACCACGCGAUUGCGACGUCGUGACCCUUCGCUGGACGUGUGCAUUGCCUUUGAAGACUUUUCGUCCACCCUUCUUCCGCGAGUCACUGCCGCGUCCGGUACGCUGGAUUUGGACGCCAAUGUGCUGCAAAUUGACGCAGAUUUGACCUUGCCUGGAUGCCGGCUCGUUGGUGUUCAAGUCGACUGGCGCACUGGCGCCGGCGCACCUCUGAGUGUCUUCCCCAAGCAGCAGCUCUGUCAGCGGUCGUGCAACUCGAGCUUUGCCGCUCCUUUGGUCGUUUCUUCCUUUUCCGGCACUUUUGACGAUGGUUCCGCUGGUAUCGAGUACUCGAACAAUCUCGCCUGUGCCUGGCGUAUCGCUCCGGUUGCUGCCGAGCGUCUCACGCUUCGAUUCAACUAUUUGUGGACCGAGUCCAACCUGGACGUCAUUGAAGUGUACGACGCUAGCACCGACGGCUCGGACGUGGGGCGGCUGCGUGGCACGUUCAGUGGCCACCAGGAUGUGUCGGCGUUGGCACCGAUCGUUUCGGACGGACCGGAGCUGAUUCUGCGAUUUACGUCCAACCCGUCGCAAACCUACCCCGGUUUCUCUGUUGCGUUCGACGGCUGCAACAGCAUCAGGCGCUGCACUGGUCAUGGUACUUGCAAUUCUGACGGAGGUUGCACCUGCGAUUACGAGUACGCCGGCCCGGAGUGCCGCUCGUGCUACCUCGGCUACAAGCCCAGUGUUCCGGACCAAUGCACCGAUGGCUUGCUGCGUGCCGAGUGUCAGUGCAUUCUGCCUCCCAAGGACAACGGCGUUCGCGUCAAGCUUCGCAUUCGCCUCGACUACAGCGAGGUCUACUCGUUUGAGCCCGCCUUCAUUGCGGAUGUGGCCAACUCGCUGGAUCUCGUCCCGUCGCGCAUCUCGCGUGUUGUCGUCCUCUCCGUCGACAGCACUGGCUUUGCUCAGAUCGAAUUCUUCAUUCUUCCUGGUCGUGGUCUGCGCCCGGCAGAGCGAUCGACCGCGCUCACUGUGCAGUUGAACACUGAGUUUUCUGCACUCCGCACCUCGACCUGGGGCUCCAGAAUCGACCCCACCUUUGCAGCUGUGUUGGCCACUCUGGAAAUGACUCAGUGCAAGGACGGAGUGUACCGCGAGAAGUGCCCUGCGCCGCUCGUGCCCAAGCCCACAGAGGAAGACACGCUUUAUUUGUAUGCCCUUGCUGGCUUGAUUACGGGUCUGAUUGUUGGCGUUCUCGGCGUUGCAUAUGCCAUCUGGCGGCUGCGCACUGCACAGUCGCGCCACAUGCAGCGCGACGCAAAGCAGAGUUUGCAGCGCGAGCAAGAUGCCCGCGAAGCCAGCGAGCAGCGCGAGCGGGAGCGUCAAGAAGCACUGGCCGAAGCAGAGCGCGCUUUUGCCGAAUCGCAGAACGCCAUGUCGGGCGCAGGUGUCGAGGAUGUUUCGGUCAACCUCGGACCGAGUGCUCGCCCCAGCGCAGUCAGCACCACUGGCACCACGAGUGCCCAGUCGGCGUCAUCGCGCGACAAGGGCGCAAGCUCGGGUCUAGGGCGUCUCUUUGGUGGCAAAAAGGCAUCUGCCACUUCGUCGUCUGCGGCUCCAGCGUCGUCAUCGUCGUCAUCGUCCGCGGCUGCAUCGACUUCCCGUCAGCCUGUCAUUCCAACGGCGCUGUCCAAUUCGCCCGGUGCAGACCGCCAAUCGGCCGCAGCCUCAGCCAAGUACAUCGAGGCCUAUGAGCUCACGCCCAUGUCGCCGCGCGAGAGUCUGCCCGAGUAUGAACCGCGCGGCACGAGCGCUGAUCCCAUCAUUAAUCCGUUCCGAGUAUCGACCGAUUCCGGCGCGCCUGCAGCUCAAAUGCAGCGCGGUGCUUACAAGAGCAAGGUCGUGUUUGAUGCCGAUUCCUCGUUGCUCAUGUAA